AGCGGACAGGCCCUCGGCCAGCCCCAGCCCCCAGACUCCUCGUGGGAUGCCCGGACUCCGUUCUGCUGGUUCAUUCUGAGUCGGCAGAGGAAGGUAGGCCCCGCCUCCAGGGGAGCGAUGAUGGAACUGGCUUCCCGGCUGCCCCGUGGGCGUGGGCGAAGCACACUGCACACUGCACACUCACUGUGACUCAGCCACGCUCGCCCUGCCGGAAACAGCCUCUCCACCUCACACACAGCCAGGCUGAAGGCACAGAGUGAGAAAUCCACCCGGGGCGGUGACCCAGGCGAGGUGGAGCUGGGCUGGGGAACAGAUUCCUCUGCACUCCCUGCAAUUCCAAACGGUGCAAUCCGUGCCUCGGCGUAAGGCCUCCCCGGCAGCGCUCCGCGGGGCCCUGGGGCAGCGGUGGAUGCUGCAGGUGAGGGCAGUGGCGUGUGCUCCGAGGGGCUCUUGGCAGGGGCUGGGCCACAGCGAUGGCUAGCACAGGCCCAGCGGAAGAAGACCAGGGGAACAGAAGCAUCCACUCCGACAACAUCCCCACCGUACACAACGUCCCCAUGAGCGUGCUCAUCAGACCCCUCCCCUCAGUCCUGGAGGAGAGCAAGGUGACGAGCCUCAUGAAAACCAUCCAGGAGGAAGUGGACAAGGUGCCCCCCAUAGACAUCCUCUGGAUCAAAGGCAGCCAAGGGGGGGAUUAUUUCUAUUCCUUCGGGGGGUGUCACCGCUACGCAGCGUACAAGCGGCUGAACAGGGAGACCAUCCCUGCCAAAAUCAUCCCGUCGAACAUCAGCGACCUUCGCACCUACCUGGGCGCCUCCACCCCUGACCUGCGCUAGGAGCUGCUCGCUGGUCAGACCCAACCUUCCGCACCAGACCUGCGGUGGGAGCUGUUCACUAGACAGCCCGAUUCCUGGAGCCCAGAGCCGCCUACCUUAUCUCAGAGACCCGCUCUCAACCCCAGGAAUGGGAGCUGCCUGUUUGACCCCUCCACACCCAACCUCGCCUGCAGGGGGAGCCCUUUGCCGGACUCCAGGACUCUGCACCUGCCACCUGGGAUGGCCCAGGCUGAAGCAGCCAGGGGCACCUGUCUUGCAACGGGUGCUAAGCCCUGGACGGUUUUCUGCAUUUCUUUGCUGUGUCUCCCCAGGGGCUGAGAUCUGACAGGGCCCCUGAAGCAGGCUGGGCAGAAACUGCUCCCGGCUGCAGGUGGGCUGGGGCGGGGUUGCAGCUGCAGGAGUGGCUAUCGCCCAUAAGCCGGAGGGAGCCUUGCUUCCCACCCUCAAUGGGCGGGCAAGGAGCAAGGCCAUGCAGGGCUUGGGCUCUGACCCCGGAGCCCAGAUAUUAAGGGAACGGAGGGGAGGUCAGGGGUGUCCCAGCGCUCAGCUGGGAAAGGAGGGCCUGUGGGGAAGGGGGAGACUUGGGGUUUAUUUUAUUACAGGGGGAAACUCUUUUAACCUAUUUAUGUAAUAAAACGGACUGGGAUCCAUUGUGUCCCCGUGUG